CUUCUAUGUCUUCAUCGUCUUCGUCCGAGUGGUAUUCAUCAUCUUCGGAAGAGGAUGUUAUUAUGCACAACAUGAUUAUGAACGCGGCUCAGGUGUUCAUGUCGGCCGCUGAAGGGUCGUCCCAACCGCUAACCAGACGAGCAAAAUAUAAUCGAGACCAAGAAGCCGGCCACGAUAAACUAGUAGCCGAUUAUUUUGCCGACGAACCCGUGUACCCAGCCGAGAUUUUUCGACGUCGUUUCCGCAUGAGUCGUCAACUGUUCUUACGUAUUGCAGGCGACAUGGCCCAGUCUGAUCCGUUUUUUACAUUGCGAAACGAUGCUAGAGGGCAAAGGGGGUUCAGCAAUUUACAAAAAUUUAUUGAUUGA